AUGACGGGGGAAUUCCAUAUACAUCAUAACCUUGAGAACGAACUUCCAGAUCGUGAAAUGGAAAUCAAAUGCCACCAGACCUUCCGGACCUCGGAAUACGAGCGGUACAAGGAGAGAAAUCCAAAUCCAGUCAAGGACACAUGCCACUGGUUUUUACGGCACACUAGGUAUACCGCCUGGAAGAGUAGCCCUAUGUCUAGCCUACUUUGGGUAUCUGCAGAUCCCGGCUGCGGCAAAUCUAUAUUCUUUAAAUUUCUCACGGACGAAAAACCUGAGUUCCUCAGGCAUGCUAUAGGCGUUUUCGAAAAGAAUGGAGACUAUAUUAAGGAAAAUGUCGAAUUAUUGUGGGACAUUCUUACCGCAGCCUCCGCAGAUCCAGAAAUCGGAGAGAUCGUCUGCAUAUUGGACGCACUCGACGAAUGCAGAGAUUCGGAAUUAAAAAUACUGCUCCAAAAACUGUGCUUAUUUUACCAGGACCCUCUCCAUCCUUCAAGUACCACCAACUUGAAAUUUCUCGUGACUAGUCGUUCUCUUCUAAAUAUUGAGAGGAAGUUCAACAGACUAAGUCUCAAAAUACCAGAGAUCCGUUUAGCGGGCGAGGACGAGACCGACCGGGCUCGUGAUGAGAUUAUACUCGCUAUCGAGGACGAACUAGUCAAAAUUCAGCAGGAACUGCAACUUAGUCAGGAGUCUAUUUCUGAUCUGCGGAAAGAAAUUUCCAAAGUUAAACACCGGACUUAUUUAUGGUUGAAGUUGAUAUUUGAGUUGACCCGUAAGGAUCCCCAAUCCGUUACGAAAAUAGGCAGGCGAAAGAUCAUCGACGCCCUACCGGAGUCAGUUGAUGCUGACUAUAUAGCCAUUCUAGACAAGAUCCCAGAAAAUGACGAGGAGCAAGCAAGGAAGCUUUUGAGCAUUGUUUGUGCUGCGCGGAGGCCACUCUCUGUUAAGGAAAUGAGUAUCGCAUUGACAAUUAGGGCAGAUAAUAUCUCGCAUAGGGAGCUUGAUAUACAAGCGGAGGACUACCCGAAGCGGUUGAUCAAAAAUAUUUGUGGCUUCUUUGUCACGGUUAUAGAUGGCAGAGUCUAUUUACUUCAUCCUUCAAAGAUUUGA